AUGAAGAAGAAAUACUUCGUCUCUGGUCCUCUCCUCCCUUGGCCUCCACGAACAUCUUGCUGCUCCGAAACAUCCUCUUCGUCGUCUUGCUGCUCUUCUCUCGACCGUGUCUCAAGCUCCGAGCUUUCGUCGACAACGCGUAGCGUAAACAGAGCAGCGUGUGAAAGGGAAGAAAAAGUGAAGAAGGCUGAGAAGGCCGGUGUUGCGGUUACGGUCGCGGAUGGUGUUUUUGUGAAGUGGUGCGAUAAGUUAGGACUAAACAGAGAUUUAACAAACGCUGUCGUUUCGUAUGCGUCUCUCGCUUUGGCCGUGGAGAGGAACCCGAGGCCGAGAGCGAGAGCGACGAAUAGAAUGAUCUUAGCGGCGGCGUUUUGGCUCGGGGUCAAGAACACGAUGACGUGGACGAGUUUAAAGAAAGUGGAAGAUGUGACCGGAGUCGCCGCUGGGAUGAUACGAGCGGUUGAAAGCAGAAUGGCGCGUGCGAUGACGCUGCAGCUAAGACGGUGGCGCGUGGAUUCGGAGGAAGGAUGGGCUGAAAACGACAACGUUUGAACAAAAACAUUGACGUGGGUCCUCCCGCAUCGCUAAAUUUAGGACAUAGUGAUUAGUUUAAGUUUGUGUUGUGUCUAUUUGACUUGUUGAAAUUCUUUUUCUAUGUUUAAAAUGGUCUUAAUGAGAUGAACCAAAGUGAAAUCAAGAUGAUAUAAAUUUCUUUAGAGGAGUUUAAACGUUUAAAAUCAAUUUCUACUU